AAAAAGGAGAGAGAGCGAGGCGAUGGAAGAAACCCUUCCCGAGAUUCGAAUCUCUCCUUCUCGUCCUCUCGAUUCCUUCACCGAGACCGAGCUGUUGGCGGCGGAGCAGCUGGUCCAACUCAGCGAGAGCAGCGGCGGCGAGUCGUCAUCGUCCUUGUCGUCGUCUUCUCCCCGAUCCGUCAACGCGCAGCCGCCGCCGAUGGCGAUGGUGGCGGAGGCGGACGACGACGUGGAGGGGGAGGAGCAGGAGGAUGAGAUCGGUGGGGCCCCGCGGCGUCGGAGGCCGAGGUAUCGCCUCAUCGCCGAUCUCUAUGCGGCACGGCUCCGAUCGACGGCGUUGAGAAGCGGACUGGAGGAAGAGCGUCAGCGCGGCGAGAAGAGGAUGAAAGGAGGGAACUAGAAAGUUGGAAAGACAGUAGCCUGGUUGUAUCUUUUAUUCCCGCUAUUUUUAGUAUGUGCGAGAGUUGAUGGUGUAUUCUAUCAACUCAGGCCAGUAGAUUUUAGGCGGAAAUUCUUAUCGAUGGGAUGUUAUUUGUGUCAUCUUAGGUUUGUUUGUGUGUUU